UUUGAUGGUGAAAUUAUGUCUGGGAUGCAAGUAUCGGUUUUCAGAUUUUUAAUAAAUUAGUCAUACUGAAUAUUUCCGUUCUGAUUCCUAUCAAUCACCAACCCUGAUUAUAGUCAAAUGAAGUCAUUAUAAUGACAAUUUAAUGUUUUAAGUGUAAAUAAUAAGAAGAUUUUCUCAAUGUCAUUUGGAAUGAACACUUGAAAAUACACAUGCUGGUUAUUUAUGUAAAUAAAAAAAUAAUUCGAUUUUCCACUUUUUUUGGCUUAUGAGAUUACUUAAAAUUAUUAACAAAACUAUAAUAAAAAUUCGGCAGUAUGCGAUAGGUGUUGUAUGAAAAUAAUAUAAUAAACUUAAUUGGUUUAGUAUGUAUUACUAAUUUUACUUGAUUCUUAUACUGAUAACAGCUAUUUCACGAUGGUUAUAUUAAAUAACUUUGCAGUGAAUGGCAAUAAGACGGAAUAAUUGAAUGCAAAUUGAGCGAGAAAGAUGAGAAAUAGGAAAACAUCUAAAACAGACACAAAAGUAUUUAAAUACAGUUAAUAAUGAAUAUACUUAUAUUUCUUGGAAUGUACCAAAGCUAGAGAUCUAAAAUAAAGAUACUUACGUAUUGCCACUCGCUCCCAUGGCUCUGUCAUGUAUAGUUCUGUCACCAUGAGAUAUCGGAAGAACCUGAAUUAAAUAAGAAUCAUUAAAACCAUCGAUUUUUAUGUUAUUUUUUACGGUAUAAAAAUUCAGAGUUGUUUCAAAGGUCACUGCCGAGCUGAAACUUUAUAUAUCCAUGCUAAAGAGUAAUUAUGGAAUCUGUGUCAUUCUGCUUACUCAUUUUAACAAAUUCAAACCAUCUUAUCAAACAUGGAUAUCGAAUGUCAUCAACGAUUAAUAAUUCUAUCAAUUAUCAAGCAAUCAAAAUCAACAACCCUGUUUAGUCAAUUGAGAAGCGAAGAUUCAAAUAUUAAAAAGUCGUUGUAAUGAUGCGAGAAGUUUGAGAAUCUCAGGAAAUAGUUUUGGAGUUUCAUUAGUAAAAUCUCGUGAAGAUCACUUCAUAAGACCUGCGUGAGUAUUCAAUGCUGCAAUAUUAAAUGCUUAAUUAGAAAACAGAAAGUAAAUAAAUCAAAUUUAUAUGGAUUGAGCGUUAAAUUAAAAUGAAAAUUUCUCAGAAUUUUCCUUUGAAUGAUAUUAGUGAAAUUGCGAAAAAAAUAAAACAUCCAGCACAAUUUUUCAUGAAAUUUAUGAUUAGUAAAUUUGUUUAUUUUAUCUACUAAAGCGUUGAAAUUUAUGGAAAUGUGAAAACCAAGAAAGCUCUGGGUCAAGCACAAAUCCAUUGUAUGAUUUUCCUUGUGAAAAAUUUACGGGUUUUUUUUUCCAUAAAAAAAUUCUAUUUAAACUAAAGUUUUUAACCAAGUUAUUCAGUUCUAUACUUUCAAUACAUCAAUAGACAACUUUAGUUAAAUUGAGUCUUUCAGAAACAAUAGAAUAUUAUGAGAUACAUAACUUUGAUUUUACUAGUUUUAAAAACAUUGAAUUCUCAAGCUCACAUUAUUUCAAUUGAGAAUGGAAAUAUAUCAGGCAUAGAAUAUGAUAAAUAUUUCGCAUAUAGGGGAAUUAAGUAUGCUACAGCUGGCAGAUUUUCACUUCCAAAGCCUUUUGAUGGUAAAUGGUGUGGCAUUAAAGACUUUAGAGAUUAUAGGGAAUCAUGUGCUCAAUACGAUCACUUGACUUAUGAAUUUAAAGGAGUGGAAGAUUGUUUGUUCCUUAACGUGUUUGUGCCAAAGAAAGUGUUAGAAUCUGAGGAACUCGCACCAGUUAUUUUCUAUAUUCAUGGAGGGGCAUUUAUGUUCGGAGGCAGUGCUGAUUAUUUACCCGAUCAUUUUAUGGAAAAUGAAAAAAUGAUUCUGGUCACUAUAAAUUACCGAUUAGGCAUUCUUGGAUUUUUAAGUACAGAAGAUGAAGUUCUUCCUGGAAAUUUAGGAAUGAAAGAUCAAGUUGAAGCUCUCAAAUGGGUACAGCGAAAUAUAAAAGCAUUUAACGGUGAUCCGGAUAAAGUUACAUUGUCUGGAUUCUCUGCAGGUGGUGCUAGUGUUCAAUUACAUUAUUUAAGUACCCAAUCUAAAGGACUUUUCAAGAACGGAAUAUCACAUUCAGGUAAUGCUUUAGAUCCCUGGGUGUUCAUGGAAAAUGCUAAGAGCAAGGCACAUCAAGUUGCUGAAUCCAUGAAUUGCCCUCAUGAUGAUCAUGGAAAAAUGCUAGAAUGUUUAAAACAAACGCCUACAAAAGAACUAGUAACGUUACUGAAAGAAUUUCAACCAUUCCUUUACAAUCCAUUUUCACCUUUCGGUCUUGUUGUUGAACCAGUACAUGAAUCAGCAUUUCUAUCUGAACAUCCACGAUCACUAUUGGAAAGUGGAAAAUUUUCUCAUCUUCCAUGGUUACUUACACAAACAAAAGAUGAAGGUUUAUAUCCAGCAGCAGAAUUUUAUUCAAACGAAGAGUUUUUAGAUGAAAUUGAUAAAAAGUUUGAUGAUCUAGCGCCGUACAUUCUACAUUUUAACGACGAAACUGACGACAAACGAAAACUUAUUAAAGCCUCGUGCAGGAUAAGAAAACAUUAUAUGGAAGAUAAGAAAGUCAGCAGAGAAAAUUUUGAAUUAUUUGAGAAUAUGGUUACUGAUCGUCUGUUUAAGUCCGGUGCAUACGAAGCAAUUCAAUUGCAGUCAAAAUACUCACCUUCGUUCUGCUAUCAUUUUGAUUAUAAGAGUAAUUAUAGCGUGGGAGAGAUUUUGGGCAAAUCAACAGAUUUCUUAGGAAUUUCACACGGUGAAGAUAUUUUCCUGAUUUUUACCCAUCUGAGACCGCAUGUGUAUUCAGAAGACGAGAAGAAAAUGGCUCAAAACUUAAUAAACAUGUAUUAUGAAUUUUCUAUCAAUAACUUGCCGAAAUUUGAUAUUCAAGUAAUCCAUCAAUCAACGCCCAAUGCCACUCAGUAUUUAGAAAUAUCAUCGAAUAAAAAAUAUGAAAUGAAGUCGGAUAAGUUUGGAAAUGUAAAGUUCUGGAGGAAUAUUGAAAAGCUCCUACACUGCAAUAAACCAAAUAUUUUUUUGACUUGUAAUGGUCAUUUUGAUGAUGAAAGUACUGGAAGCAUUUGUUAAAUUAUGACUAUCUUAUCAGUGAAAAUCAUUAUGGUGCAAAAGCGUUGCUUAUUUAUUUUAAAUUGGAAUGGGAAUGAGUUGAUCAAAGAUCUGAGAAUGUUUCAACAAUGUAACAAAAACAAAAGGGGUCAAAAAUUCGGUUCUGUGCAACUAAUAAUGAGUAAAUUAAUUUAACAAGUAAUAAAUGGUGUUUCUUUUUAAACGU